AUGUCAAUAUCGGCAAUCGCCUCGCUGCGGCCCGCCAGAGGCAACUGCAUCCGCCAUGCCACCACCGGCUUGCUCUCCGUCCAAGUCAAAUCACCAGCUGCGACUGUCCACUUGCGAGCUGUCGUGGCUCUGCGACCCGAGCAGAAGCGGCAUCAGUCGACCUCUCCAUCCCCUCAGGAGAAAGAUUCAGCAUCCGACAAGCCCCAGAUCACGUUCCGCCAGUUCGCCGGGCGCGCGCUCGGAGUCAGUCUGCGGAACCUCGUCGUUGCGCUGAGCCCUCGCGGCAUUCGGCAGGCGUAUCGCGAGAAUCCCACGGCGACGACGCUGAACAUCCUGCUCCUCUUAUUUACCUUUGCCUUCUCGGCGGUCGCCAUUCGAGCAUACGUCAACACGUUCUACAACUCGCAGUUUAGCAGAUACCCCGAGCCAGUCGCAAACACUCUGCGCCGCGCCAUCUACUACACCAACUACAAGCCAGACCCCGAACUCGCGCUGAGGUACUACAAGAAGGCGAUGGAGCAGUGUGCUGAAAUCGGCCUGGACCCCUUCUCCGACGAAGUGCUGGGCAUCAGGAUACAAGUGGCGUUUUGGCUCGAGAAGAUCAACAGCCACAAGGCGGCCAUUGACGUGCUCGAGUCUGUCCUGGGAGACUGCAGGAAGUGGAUCGACGUCAUGGAGCAAUCCGUCAAGGACGGCAAGGUGGACGAGCAGGGGAGAUACGUCGGCGAUGCUCAACAACGGAUUGCUGCGGCUGAGGCGGCUUCUGAGAGCAAGGCCGGACAAGCAGCUUCUGAGAGCAAAGAUGGGCAAACAGAAGACUCAACUGAAGCUCCUCCAGAGCCCAGUGAGACACUAUGGCGCAAACGCGAGAGACUGCUUCUCAAGGCAAUCUCAACAAGCGUCAAGCUUGGUGAACUAUACGCAGACGAGCAUGUCCUCAACCCCGACAAGUCGCGAUCUCAUCUCGUCUGGGCGGUCGAGACCUCACUGAAAGAGUUUAGAAGACGGAGAACUGAUGGCCCCAAACCGGGAGAGGAAAAGUGGCUCAGCCCGGAAGAGCUUGGAGGCUCAAUGGAAUCGCUUGGCCGCGACUACGAGCGGCGCUCCCAGUUCCAGCUUGCCAUUCCUCUCUUCUUCCAGGCCCUCCGGCUGUGCGAAAGCCCGUGCCAUCGUGCGGUCAUCAUGAACAAUUUGGCAGCGGCAUUUGCUCAGCAGCCCAUCUACGCCGCUGGCACGACGGAGCCGGCCGAGGGAUUGAAGGAGUUAUUCGACGCUUCCAUGCCCACGACGCGCAAGGAGUGCCUCGAGGCAGGUCUCAACUGGGCGAAGAACGCCUAUGUCCAUGCUCAAGACGUCAAGGGCGACGAUCGGACACCGGAGUGUGACGAAGCCUGUGCCGUUGCGCUUUGCAACUGGGGAGACGUUGCAGCCAUGCUCGGAAAGCCUGAGCUGGCAAAGAAGAAGUACGAGAAAUGCAUCGAGAUGAGCAACAAGAUGGAGUUUCCAGACGGGGUGAAGCAAGCUCAGCUGGGCCUCGCCAGGUUGGCUUCUGCAUCCUCGGCCAAGGCAUAG